CCCGCCCCCAGGCCGCGGCUCUUUCUGCGAGCGGGCGCGCGGUCGAGCGGUUGUACGUGGGGCUUGUGGCGCGUGUCUCGGUGGUGGCUGAGGAGAAGGCCCGGGUGGCGCCGUCGGGAGGCGAUCGGGCAGCAGCCAACCCUGCCUCAGCAGCGUCCCGCACGCGGCAGGCAGCAGCCCAGGAGACGCGUGGCGGCGCUCGGCCUCGCGGCGGCGGCGGCGGCCCAGCCGUUGGCGGCGAGUGGGUCUGCGCCUGCGCGGCGGGCCCCGCGCCCCUCCUCCCCCCUGGGUGCCCCCGGCGGCGUGUGAAUGGCGGCCUCGGCGGCGGCGGCCUCGGCGGCGGCGGCCUCGGCUGCCUCAGGCAGCCCUGGCCCAGGCGAAGGCUCGGCGGGCGGCGAGAAGCGCUCCUCCACCUCUUCGGCCGCGGCCUCGGCUUCUGCGUCGUCGCCCGCGGGGGGCGGUGGCGAGGCUCUGGAGCUGCUGGAGCACUGCGGCGUGUGCCGGGAACGCCUGCGACCGGAGAGGGAGCCGCGACUGCUGCCCUGCCUGCACUCGGCCUGUAGUGCCUGCCUCGGGCCCGCCGCGCCCGCCGCCCCCAACAGCUCGGGGGACGGCGGCGCGGCGGGCGACGGCGCCGUGGUGGACUGUCCCGUGUGCAAGCAACAAUGCUUCUCCAAAGACAUCGUGGAGAACUACUUCAUGCGGGAUAGUGGCAGCAAGUCUUCCUCCGACGCCCAGGAUGCGAACCAGUGCUGCACCAGCUGUGAGGAUAAUGCCCCAGCCACCAGCUAUUGUGUGGAGUGCUCGGAGCCACUAUGUGAGACAUGUGUGGAGGCUCACCAGCGGGUGAAGUACACCAAGGACCACACUGUGCGCUCCACUGGGCCAGCCAAGUCUCGAGAUGGUGAACGCACUGUCUAUUGCAAUGUGCACAAGCAUGAACCCCUUGUGCUGUUCUGUGAGAGCUGUGAUACCCUCACCUGCCGGGACUGCCAGCUGAACGCCCACAAGGACCAUCAGUACCAGUUUCUGGAGGAUGCAGUGAGGAACCAGCGUAAGCUCCUGGCCUCAUUGGUGAAGCGCCUUGGGGACAAACAUGCCACACUGCAGAAGAGCACCAAGGAGGUUCGCAGCUCGAUCCGCCAGGUAUCUGAUGUGCAGAAGCGCGUGCAGGUGGAUGUCAAGAUGGCCAUCCUGCAGAUCAUGAAGGAGCUGAACAAGCGUGGCCGUGUGCUGGUCAAUGAUGCCCAGAAAGUGACUGAAGGGCAGCAGGAGCGUCUGGAGCGGCAGCACUGGACCAUGACCAAGAUCCAGAAGCAUCAGGAGCAUAUCCUGCGCUUUGCCUCUUGGGCUUUGGAGAGUGACAACAACACAGCUCUGCUGCUUUCUAAGAAGCUGAUCUAUUUCCAGCUGCACCGAGCCCUCAAGAUGAUUGUGGAUCCUGUGGAGCCACAUGGUGAGAUGAAGUUUCAGUGGGACCUCAACGCCUGGACCAAGAGUGCUGAGGCAUUCGGCAAGAUUGUGGCGGAGCGUCCUGGUAGCAACUCCACGGGCCCUGCGCCCAUGGCUCCUCCAAGAGCCCCAGGGCCUCUGAGCAAACAAGGAUCUGGUAGCAGUCAGCCAAUGGAGGUACAGGAAGGUUAUGGCUUUGGGUCAGAUGAUCCCUAUUCAAGUGCAGAACCACAUGUGUCAGGCAUGAAACGGUCCCGCUCAGGUGAGGGUGAGGUGAGCGGUCUCAUGCGGAAGGUGCCACGGGUGAGCCUUGAGCGCCUGGACCUGGACCUUACAGCUGAUAGCCAGCCGCCCGUCUUCAAAGUCUUUCCAGGCAGCACCACUGAGGACUACAACCUCAUAGUUAUUGAGCGUGGUGCUGCUGCAGCAGCUGCUGGUCAGCCAGGGAACGUGCCCCCGGGAGCCCCUGGUGCGCCACCCUUGCCUGGCAUGGCCAUUGUCAAGGAGGAAGAGACAGAGGCCGCCAUUGGAGCCCCUUCUGCUGCCACUGAGGGCCCUGAGACCAAGCCUGUGCUGAUGGCUCUGGCUGAGGGCUCUGGCACUGAGGGUCCCCGCUUGGCCUCACCUAGUGGCAGCACCAGCUCAGGCCUGGAGGUGGUGGCUCCAGAGGGCACUUCAGCCCCAGCUGGUGGCCCAGGUACCCUGGAUGACAGUGCCACCAUUUGCCGUGUAUGCCAGAAGCCAGGUGACUUGGUCAUGUGCAACCAGUGUGAGUUUUGCUUCCACCUGGACUGCCACCUGCCUGCCCUGCAGGAUGUACCAGGGGAGGAGUGGAGCUGCUCCCUCUGCCAUGUACUCCCUGACCUGAAGGAGGAAGAUGGCAGCCUUAGCCUGGAUGGUGCCGACAACACUGGUGUGGUGGCUAAGCUCUCACCAGCCAACCAGAGGAAAUGUGAGCGUGUCCUGCUGGCCCUGUUCUGCCACGAACCCUGCCGCCCCCUGCACCAGCUGGCUACCGACUCUACUUUCUCCCUGGAGCAACCUGGUGGCACCCUGGACCUGACCUUGAUCCGUGCUCGUCUCCAGGAGAAAUUGUCACCCCCUUACAGCUCCCCACAAGAGUUUGCCCAGGAUGUGGGCCGCAUGUUCAAGCAGUUCAACAAGUUGACUGAGGACAAGGCGGAUGUUCAGUCCAUCAUCGGCCUGCAGCGCUUCUUCGAGACGCGCAUGAACGAGGCCUUCGGUGACACCAAGUUUUCUGCUGUGCUGGUGGAGCCCCCGCCGCUGAGCCUGCCUAGUGCUGGCCUAAGUUCCCAGGAGCUGUCUGGAGGCCCUGGUGAUGGCCCCUGAAGCUGGGGCCCUUACGGUCUGGCAGCCCAGCUUUGUCCUGUCAUCCCAUCCCCACCCCAACCCUGGUGGCCUAACUCCUAUUCCCUGGUGGCCCCAUCCCCAGUCCCUCACAAAAUGGUUUUUACUUCUGUGGAUUUAAUAAAAAUUUCACCAGUUC